UGAAAGUAAUGUUUUAUCUGGUUAAACAUGAACAGCAAUGAUUAAAUAUUGACCCACAGCAAAUAAAGAGUUUGUAUGCCUGCAUCAACAUGUUUGCUCGUACAGAUGUAACUGAUACCAACACAAUUACCCAGGCAGAGAAUGUUAAGGCUAACACAACAAUUUGUUGGAUUCACUUGGUUGAAAGCAGGCAGGAAUAAGAGGAAUGGCUCAAUAAGUCUAAUUGAGCUGUAAAACUACAACAAUGAGAGAUGCUCAUUGGGUUUGACUGACAUUAUUUGAUCAGUUGCUGGGUGGCAGGUAAAACAAAAAGCUGUUAUUCUGGAUAAUAAGGAGAAUCACACAAAAACAGGAUGUGAUGAAGCAUUAUUAUAUGCUAGAGCUAAUUAAAGCACUUUGACAAAUGGUACCCCUUUAGGCAGGGUAAGAAUUGGGCAGGGAAACAGUUUCUUCGCAUCUUGCUUUGUGUGCCAGUGCGCAAGGGAGCGCGCAGAGACGCACACAUACACACACACACACACACACACAGAGAGAGAGAGAGAGAGAGAGAGAGAGAGAGAGAGAGAGAGAGAGCAAACCUCCUCUAGGCGCCUCAUUACUAAUUUGCCGUCUAGUUUGCGUACGCUCCCGUGUACCUGCUUUGGAAAUCUCUGACUUCUCCACACACUAUACAAUCUCACCUGAAUUUUAGACAUGGAGUAUCCCACUCUGCCUCCCGAUAAUCUUGACGAUUUUAACGAGCGCUACUCCAUAACUCCUUUCAAUGUUACGUUCCCCGUGGAUCUGCUGGGGAUGCCUUCAAAUAGCAACAAGACCAACAAGGCUCCAACCAGAGAUACUACAAGUCUCAUCAUCGUUUGUAUCACGGCUCUCUACUCUCUCAUCUGUGUGGUGGGACUGCUGGGAAACCUGCUUGUAAUGUACGGGGUGGUCAGGUACACCAAGAUGAAGACCGCCACCAACAUCUACAUCUUCAACCUGGCUCUUGCUGACGCUCUCGCCACCAGCACCCUCCCCUUCCAGAGCGCCAAGUACCUGAUGAACACAUGGCCCUUUGGGGAGCUGUUGUGUAAAGUGAUCAUCGCCAUCGACUACUACAACAUGUUCACCAGCAUCUUCACGCUCACCAUGAUGAGUGUGGACCGCUACAUCGCUGUUUGUCAUCCGGUGAGGGCCUUGGACUUCCGGACGCCUGCCAAAGCCAAGCUCAUCAAUGUCUGCAUCUGGAUCCUCUCCUCUGCCGUCGGAGUCCCUGUGAUGAUCAUGGCUGUUACCAAGACAGAUAAAGAAAACACUGUCUGUGCACUCAGAUUCCCCAAACCUGAGUGGUACUGGGACACAGUGAUGAAAAUCUGCGUGUUCAUCUUCGCCUUCGUGGUUCCCGUCCUGGUCAUCACCAUCUGCUAUGGUCUGAUGAUCCUGCGGCUCAAGAGUGUUCGUCUGCUCUCUGGCUCCAAAGAGAAGGACAGGAACCUGAGACGGAUCACCCGCAUGGUCCUGGUGGUCGUUGCAGCCUUCAUCGUCUGCUGGACCCCCAUCCACAUCUUCAUCAUCAUCAAGACCAUGGUAGAUAUUGACCACAAGAACCUCAUGGUGAUGGUCAGCUGGCAUCUGUGCAUCGCGCUGGGCUACACCAACAGCAGUCUCAACCCCGUGCUGUACGCCUUCUUGGAUGAGAACUUCAAAAGGUGCUUCAGGGAUUUCUGCCUGCCCUAUCGCUCCCGCCUGGAACAGAACAGCUUCUCCAGAGCACGCAAUAGCACACGGGAGCCUGUGUCUGUUUGUGCUCAUGCGACGACAGAGAGACCGUCAGCCUGACUAGGCAUGGGUCGGUGGGGGGAGGGGACAGUUCAGGAUGACCUCCAGACUGAGGUCACACAGUUUUCCACCACAGCAGUCUGAGUCUGCAGAUGUAGGCCUUUGACCUUCCAUUUAUAUAAAUUAUCGAUUGUUUCUAUGUCCCAAUAGGUUUGUGACACAAUACUUUCAGGAUUGUCUUUUCAGGAUGAUCACAAACAUGCCUGUGUGUGCCUGUGCAUAAGGAAAUGGAUACAAAUGUACAUACAUUCUUGGAGUGUGUAUAAAGCACACAACAUAAUGCAACCAAAUCAGCAAACACACAUACACUGCAGUCUGAUAGUAUUGGGAUAGUGAUGCGUUUUUCAUUGCUUUGGCCCUAUUUUAGCAACAAAAAAAAAAAAAAACGGAGGUUAAAGUGCUGGCUCCAAGCUUUAAGGGGAUUUGUAGGUCUUCACAUCCAUAUUAGGUGAACAAUGUAGGACUCAUAGCUCUGUGUAUACACAGUUCCACAAUGAUCAGAUCAUCACGCAGGACUUUGAUCCUAAACACACAGACAAGGCCACCAAGGAGUCUUUUUAUGGCCCAACAGUGGACGAUGUAUGAUUGGCCGAGUCAGUCACCUGACCUCAAUCCAACAUGAUCAUGGGCUUCACUUGAUAAAGACCAGACUGACCCCGAAAAUCCCCUGUAGCAGCAAGAAGUGACGGUGGCUGCAGUACAGCCCUGGCAGAGCAUCAACAGGGAAGAUACUGCUGUCUGCUGAUGUCUGUGGGUCACAAACUUCAGCCAGUCAUUUAUCUGCAGCUAAAUAUUACAUAUGAUGACUUUAUUUUGAUUUAUGUUAGCUUGUAAAAUUACUUUCUCUUUCCUAAAAUUGGGGGACCAUUUAUGGAGGGCUACAUUUCCUCCACUGUUGAUGUGACACCUUCAAAUUAAACCUGAGAUAAAUACUUUUUUGGCCACUUGUGUCUUGUGUCUUAUCACCUUUUAAGUUGAUAUGACGAACUGUUUUGGUCUCCAUCAACUCCUGAGGGAAAAAUCUGGCUCUUUAGCUGCUAAAUGUUC